AUGUUUGAUAUAUUGAGAGCAAAUACUAAUGAUACGUCAUCAUCAUCAUCAGAACCAAGACGACAUCGUCGUCAAAAAUUCAACACAUAUAUGAAUUAUUACAAUAGUUCAAUUGAUUUAUCUUCCAAAACGAAAGGUUUAACAAAUAGUAGUGAGACUAAUAGUAAGGAUGUAACUGAUCCGGAGUUCGAUCAUGAAGAUUAUGAUUAUGAUAGACAUGAUGGAAUAAAAGAACUUCGAAAACGUAAUUUAUUACGGGAUAUUUUAUUUGGUAUAGAAGAUAAUUUAGAACCUUGUAUUGAAUAUGAUCGGAACAUUUUUUAUAAGUUUUUGAUUACUCCAUAUCAAUUUGGAAAGAACAAACAAUUAUAUAGAAAUUUCAUAAGUGAAAUCGUAGAGAAUAAUGAUAUGGUGGAAUUUCAACAUUUACUUGGUACAAAUUAUACUCAAGAGACUGUUCUUAAUUGGGUCAAAACCCAAAAAGACUAUAAUAUAACAUUUGAUCAUUUAGUACUUAUGGAUGAAAGUUCUAUCGUAAACCUAGAAAUGAUUGAAUAUAAUUUAUUAAACAAAGGUUACCAAGAUAAGGAUAACGAAAAGAUUUCAGCCAAAUUACCAAACAUUAUCUGGGGUAAUUUUGAGACACCAUUAGCUGAUAAUAUGGUGAUUAUCGGAGAGAAGGCUUUUAAAACGAUAAUAGAAAAUAAAGAAGUCAUAAAAAAUUCCAAAUAUUCAAAUUUAAUAACUCAAGCAUAUUUUUAUAUCAAAGAAAAAUCACAAACACUUUCAAAUAAAUUAGAAGAAAUAUUUUUCAUAAAUGAUCCUGAAGGAUUUAUUUUAUGGACAGGAAAAAUAGAAGAAAUUCCUCAAAUUACUACGAUAGGAGUUGGAAAAUUACAAAUGACAGAAGAUUUCAAUCAAGUUACUGAACAUCUUUCAAUUUCAUAUGUACCAGUUUGUCAUUUCACAACAUCAUCAGAAGGAGAACCUAAAAUAGCAGUGGUAACAAGUUCAUCGUUUAAAGAUCGAUUUGUUGAUUGUAAACAAUCAAUAAUAGAUAUAGCUUUUGAAUCAAUAGAAAACAAACGAAUAUAUGCACAAGAACAUAGAUACCCAAUAAUUCCGUUACAAACUUAUAGACGUGGAAUGAUAACAUGGGGAAAUAUUGAUACGAUAAAAAUGACAUUACCAUAUUAUGAUUGGAUUCUUUGGAUUGAUACUAAUUCAGUUAUAACGAAUUAUAAUGUUUCAUUAUCAGAAAUGAUUAAAAAAUUUUAUUUAAUUGUUGGAAAAAGAAUCGUUAAAGAUGAUAAUAUUGAUGAAAGUGAAAUAUAUAAGAUAGGAAAAGAAACAUUUGAUAAAACAGUAGAUAUUGUAGUGGCAGAACCUACAAAAGAAGAAGAGGAAUUUAACGCAGGAAUGUUAUUAUUUAAACAUUCAGGAUGGAGUUUUGGGUUUAUAAGAAAUGUGCAAGCAUUGAGGAAUAAGAGAAUGAAAGAAGAAGGAGUUAUGUGGAAACUUUUAGAAGAAUUUCCCGAAUUUAAACAACGUAUGUUAUUACUAAGUCACGAAGAGUACCCACUUAGCGCGUCACCUAAAUAUUGGAAGGAAGGAGAUUUCAUUCUUAAUUACGGUUCAGAGAAUUGCCCAGCUGGAUCCAUAACGAAUUCUCUUAAAAAAUUGAAAGAAACUAAGAAAAACUCAUAA